GUGGUGCAGUGAGGGACAAACAAAAGGAGGCGCCGGUAGAGCGCGGUGGUAAGCUGCGAGACUGGGCGGCCCAGGCUGGGGCUGCCUGCCGCGCUGCCGGCCGCGGCGUGCCGAGGGCAGCAGCGUUCAUGGAGCAGAAGGGAUGCCAGGACCCCACGUGGACAGAUGUACGUCAGCCUCAGCACCGCCAGCCGACACGCAGAUAGCAGCCAGGGGACUUGCUAGAGGCUUGGAUGUGUUGAGCUGAGCACAGUGGUUCUGAGAGGCAGCGGGCAAGGUGGGCCCUCCCACAACGACUCAGCACCACGGACCUCUGUAGGCUGAGGUUCCAUGGCCUAGCAGGUCCCAGGAAUGCCAGGCCACCCUGUGGUCACCCCGCCCACGGGUCCCUCUCACCCUGAAUCAUGAUUCCCGUGACAGAGCUCCGCUACUUUGCGGACACACAGCCAGCGUACCGGAUCCUGAAGCCGUGGUGGGACGUGUUCACGGACUACAUCUCCAUCGUCAUGCUGAUGAUCGCCGUCUUCGGGGGGACACUGCAGGUCACCCAGGACAAGAUGAUCUGCCUGCCUUGUAAGUGGGUCACCAAGGACUCCUGCAAUGACUCCUUCCGAGGCUGGACGGCCCCCAGCCCAGAGCCCGUCUACCCCAACUCCACGAUCCUGCCGACCCCUGACUCGGGCCCCACGGGCAUCAAGUACGACCUGGACCGCCACCAGUACAACUACGUGGACGCUGUGUGCUAUGAGAACCGACUGCAUUGGUUCGCCAAGUACUUUCCCUACCUCGUGCUCCUGCACACUCUCAUCUUCCUGGCCUGCAGCAACUUUUGGUUCAAGUUCCCACGCACCAGCUCCAAGCUGGAGCACUUCGUGUCCAUCCUGCUCAAGUGCUUCGACUCGCCCUGGACCACCAGGGCCCUGUCCGAGACGGUUGUGGAGGAGAGCGACCCCAAGCCGGCCUUCAGCAAGAUGAACGGCUCCAUGGACAAGAAGUCCUCAACGGUCAGCGAGGACGUGGAGGCCACGGUGCCCAUGCUGCAGCGCACCAAGUCUCGGAUCGAGCAGGGCAUCGUGGACCGCUCAGAGACUGGAGUGCUGGACAAGAAGGAGGGGGAGCAGGCCAAGGCGCUGUUCGAGAAGGUGAAGAAGUUCCGGACCCACGUGGAGGAGGGGGACAUCGUGUACCGCCUCUACAUGCGGCAGACCAUCAUCAAAGUGAUCAAGUUCGUCCUCAUCAUCUGCUACACCGUCUACUACGUGCACAACAUCAAGUUCGACGUCGACUGCACCGUGGACAUUGAGAGCCUGACGGGCUACCGCACCUACCGGUGUGCACAUCCCCUGGCCACGCUCUUCAAGAUCUUGGCGUCCUUCUACAUCAGCCUGGUCAUCUUCUACGGCCUCAUCUGCAUGUACACGCUGUGGUGGAUGCUGCGGCGCUCACUCAAGAAAUACUCGUUCGAGUCGAUCCGCGAGGAGAGCAGCUACAGUGACAUCCCCGACGUCAAGAAUGACUUCGCCUUCAUGCUGCACCUCAUCGACCAGUAUGACCCGCUGUAUUCGAAGCGCUUUGCCGUCUUCCUGUCAGAGGUGAGUGAGAACAAGCUGCGGCAGCUGAACCUCAACAACGAGUGGACGUUGGACAAGCUGCGGCAGCGGCUCACCAAGAAUGCGCAGGACAAGUUGGAGCUACACCUGUUCAUGCUCAGCGGCAUCCCCGACACCGUGUUCGACCUGGUGGAACUGGAAGUCCUGAAGCUGGAGCUGAUCCCCGACGUGACCAUCCCGCCCAGCAUCGCCCAGCUCACGGGCCUCAAGGAGCUGUGGCUGUACCACACCGCAGCCAAGAUCGAGGCCCCAGCCCUGGCUUUCCUGCGUGAGAACCUGCGGGCGCUGCACAUCAAGUUCACGGACAUCAAGGAGAUCCCGCUGUGGAUCUACAGCCUGAAGACACUGGAGGAGCUGCACCUGACGGGCAACCUGAGUGCCGAGAACAACCGCUACAUCGUCAUCGACGGGCUGCGGGAGCUCAAGCGCCUCAAGGUGCUGCGGCUCAAGAGCAACCUAAGCAAGCUGCCGCAGGUGGUGACGGACGUGGGCGUGCACCUGCAGAAGCUGUCCAUCAACAACGAAGGCACCAAGCUCAUCGUGCUCAACAGCCUCAAGAAGAUGGUGAACCUGACCGAGCUGGAGCUGAUCCGCUGCGACCUGGAGCGCAUCCCCCACUCCAUCUUCAGCCUCCACAACCUGCAGGAGAUUGACCUCAAGGACAACAACCUCAAGACCAUCGAGGAGAUCAUCAGCUUCCAGCACCUGCACCGCCUCACCUGCCUUAAGCUGUGGUACAACCACAUCGCCUACAUCCCCAUCCAGAUCGGCAACCUCACCAACCUCGAGCGCCUCUACCUGAACCGAAACAAGAUCGAGAAGAUCCCCACCCAGCUCUUCUACUGCCGCAAGCUGCGCUACCUGGACCUCAGCCACAACAACCUGACCUUCCUUCCUGCCGACAUCGGCCUCUUGCAGAACCUCCAGAAUCUGGCCGUCACAGCCAAUCGGAUCGAGGCGCUCCCCCCGGAGCUCUUCCAGUGCCGGAAGCUGCGGGCCCUGCACCUGGGCAACAACGUGCUGCAGUCUCUGCCCUCGCGUGUGGGCGAGCUGACCAACCUGACGCAGAUUGAGCUGCGGGGCAACCGGCUGGAGUGCCUGCCGGUGGAGCUGGGCGAGUGCCCGCUACUCAAGCGCAGCGGCUUGGUAGUGGAGGAGGACUUAUUCAACACGCUGCCACCUGAGGUGAAGGAACGGCUCUGGAGGGCCGACAAGGAGCAGGCCUGAGUGCAGCUGUGGCCAGCAGCAGCAGCAGCAGCGGCAGGACCUCAAGGCCUCGAGCCAGUAGGGCCGGGCCCUGCCCUCCCAGGACUCGUGGGCAGCCAGCCCGGCCUCGGCAGUGGAGCUGGGGCCUGGCAUGAGCCAGGCAGGUGAGAGGAUGGAAUCUGAGGGGCUGGCCCCUCACGCCCUCUGAGACUCACUCCCCUUGGGGCAGGCGCCUGUGGGGAGACCAGAAAUCUAGCUGGACUCAGAGCGCAGUAUUUGGACAAUCAGGGUCUCCUCCCUGAAGGCCACCUCUGUCUUAGAGGCUGCACCAACGCCAGAGGCCCAGGGACACCAAGUUAGCUCUUGGUAUUUAUUUUCCUCCGUCUCCCACCUCGUCCUCCAGGUAACUUAUACAUUCCCAAGAACAUCAGCUCCAUGGGAGGUGUUUAAGGAAUGGUGGGCAGUCUUCCCCUUUCCUUUUUGGGUGAUGCCACUGGUACCCAGUGCCCAGCCAGACUUAGUUCAAGGGUCCAUAGCGACCAGGCUAUACACGGUUGUCCUGACAGCCGAGGCCAGGCUGUGGCCCACGGGGAGCAGACCACCCUCGCCACCUUGCCUCGUCACUUUUUGUGGCAGUUUUCAAUUUUUUUUUUUUUUAAGUCCAAGAUUUUUUGUUUUGUUUUUAAACUUUGAAAAGCGAUGGUUUGGGUAUUAAAAAGAAAAAAAAGACACUAAAGGCCAGUGAGUUGGAGUCUCGGGGUGGGGUGGCAGUUUCCCUUGGGCAAAAGCAAGACAUUGAAUUCUAUUUCCUUUCCCUGGGGUGCAGGCACAGGAUGGCUUCCGAAUCUGGUGUGACCUUGGCCCAGGAGUUCUCUUUUUCCGCUCUUCUCCUGGGGUGGGGAUUUUAUUUUUGUUUGUUUUUUGGUGUCUUGUUUUCUUUCUCCUCCAUGGAUCUUGGCAGGGACUUCUUUUGUGGCUGUUGGCCAAAGGGAAUGUUCCGGAGCUGCCAAGAAGGGAAGAGGCUAGGGCUGGCUAAUCCCCGGAUGAACGGUGCUCCAUCCUCCCCCUCUCCCUGCACCCACCCGCUCCUCCAUGCGCAGUGUUACCGAGCCAAGGGGGCCACUGCACCUGGACCCUUGUUUUCCCACAUCACGUGUCACGGGCUUGCUCAGUGCCACCGCCCACCUCUGCUGCUCACGUCAGCCCUGUCACCACUGGUCAUUCCUGAAGAGCGGACAUUCCAGGGUGGGCCAGGCACCAGGAGGUAACUGCUAGAAGGGCAGGCAAGUCUCUGGCAAUUGGUUCCAAGCUCGUUUCUGUCCCGGGCACCUGGUGGUGGGAAACCACCCGCUUUAGAUCAUCACUCGGGUCCCACUUUAGGAGGGUCCCCGCCUUAGAUCAAUCACGUGGACACUAAGGCACGUUUUAGCGUCUCUCGUCUUAACAGUCAUGUCCAUUUGUCUGUCCAUUUGUGUUUCCUGUGUGGUGUCGUCGGAUGUAAUCUUCAGAAAUUAUGCACACUAGCCUCUGCCGACCAUGAAGCAAUCAAUCCGUUACACAGACUUGGAUCAAAUAUCAAAUAAACCUGUAACACCAAGUAGCC